AUGUUGGCUCUUCGCGACCAGGAGAACCUGGUAAACACGCACCAGACCGCCGCGGCAGCUAAGCCCUUGAACCAAAACUUGAAGCAAUUUGCACCCAAGACACCAGGAAAGCGAAACGACGAGAAUAACCCGCUAGCUUUUGGAAAUCGCACUGUGAAGGGCAAUGGAAAUCGUCAGGAGAAUGGAAAACCGGGCAAAGAUGCGUUUGUCACGCCGAUGGUGAAGGACCGCGCUCCACUGGGCAUGAAAACGAACAACCCUAAAGCCAAGAACCUCCAGACGCCUGCUCCCUUCGGAGGAACCAUCAAGACAAACCGGAGACAAUCAACAGCCCAAAAGCUCAGGAAAGCCGCUCCAAUUACGCAACAAGCUCCACUCAAGGUUCAUACUGAUGCUAUUGUGGAUGAUGUACCUGACAUUGAAUACAUGCCACCCAAGCCUAGAGAUCUCCCCGAUCUUCCAGAUGAUGUGACGUAUGACACGACUUUCCCGCAAUUUCAACCGAAGAAUCGAGCUUUGGGCCUGGAGAGUGUUUACGGCAAGCAACAAGUUGGUAGCGAUGGACUUACAGCGAAGCAGCGCAAAUUCAAGGAGGACUCAGCAGCAUGCGACAAGAUGGUGGAUGAUAUGAUCUUGAAGCAACUCGAAGAUGUCGGAUUUGAGAGCAGCGGUGAGCGUGAGUCUGUAAAGGCCCGCAAGCCGCAGGCUCUUCCCUCAAAGCGACCUACUACCAUACGACACACUCGCAGUGUCUCUACGCUUCGAUCUCGUGAGGCUGCCGCAGCCCUUUCCGGUUCUCUGGCAACCACGACUCCCCGGGUUGUUUCAACCCCAAAGCCCAGAGUGUCGUCACUUGCAUCAUCUGCAUCGGCCCUGAUUAUUCCCAAGAGACACGCUAGGGCCCCAUCCAACCCCUCCUCUAUGCGCAACACUGCUGCCUCGGUCAACUCGCGAACAACCGUUGGCUAUUCGAAAGGACGUAGUGUGUCAGCGAAUCUACGGGAGAAGACCGCCCAGGCCCAGAAGCCUCAGACCUCCCAAGCCUUGUCGCCUGAAACCUACAUGCAGUUGUACGGACCGCCUCCGCUGGACUCGGAAAUGUGGACCCGUUGCAAAGCUGCUGGAUGCUUUGACACACCAGAGGAGAGCUUCCAGGAGCCAGAAGAGCAACUGCCGACAUUCGAGGAAGAUGAAGAAGCCGAUAACUUCCAGCUCACUUUGUAA